CCAAGUCCCCACUCAAUAUUCUCCCUUCGCCUUCUUCCGAUUCCCACAAGAACUCAUUCUCUCUGAUUCACUCCAAUGGCUGCUUGUGAAUGUUUAGGCGCUUCAAGGGUUGGCAUAUGCGGAUCCGACUCACUUUCUCGGAAUCUAAACAUGCGACGCGCCACCGAUCACUCCUUCCACUUUGCCAAAUUCUGUAGGGCUACCUUGUCUGAUUGUUCUGUUAUGGAGGAAUUUGUCCACGAGGGAGAAGAUGAUGAUCUCUGGGCGAAGAUGCUGGAGGAAGCAAGGGUAGAUGUAGAACGAGAGCCGAUUCUUUCUUCCUAUUACCACGCUUCGAUUCUGUGUCACCAAUCGCUGGAAACUGCUCUGGCCAAUCAUCUCUCCCUCAAAUUGAGCAGUUCCUGUCUUCCCAGCGGAACCCUAACCGAUCUGUUCGUUUCAAUCCUUAAUGAAAACGAAGAAAUCGUGGAAGCUGUAAAGCAUGAUCUGAGGGCAGUGAAAAAGCGUGACCCGGCCUGCAUAAGCUAUGUCCACUGCUUUCUGAACUUCAAAGGCUUGCUGGCAAUCCAAGCUCACAGAAUCGCUCACCAAUUGUGGUCUGAGGGAAGAAAAACAUUGGCACUUCUGAUUCAGAACAGAGUUUCUGAAGUAUUCGCUGUAGACAUCCAUCCAGGUGCAAAAAUUGGAAGAGGCAUCUUGCUUGAUCACGCAACAGGUUUGGUCGUAGGAGAAACUGCAGUGAUAGGCAACAAUGUGUCAAUUCUGCAUAAUGUGACAUUGGGGGGAACUGGGAAAGCUUCUGGAGACAGACAUCCCAAGAUUGGCGAUGGAGUUCUUAUAGGUGCAAGCACUUGCAUUCUGGGCAACAUAAAGAUUGGUGAAGGUGCUAAGAUUGGUGCUGGUUCUAUGGUUCUGAAGGAUGUGCCUUCAAUGACUACUGCAGUUGGAAACCCAGCUAGAUUGUUAGGAGGAAAGGCUAAUCCUGCAAGGCUGGACAAUAUUCCUAGUUUCACUAUGGAUCAUACUUCACAUUUUUCUGAGUGGUCUGACUAUGUCAUUUGAUUAGCCGCUAAUCUUCAACCAUAAGGCAAUAAUUGUUCGUUCAAGUGAGAAUCUUCGUUCUCCUGUUAGCAAAUUUAGUGCUCUGAUGGGGAAGGUCGUGCGGGAAUCAAAAGCAGAGCGUAGUUUAGCAAUUUUGAUGUUUGAUGGUGCAGAAUCACUUUUUGUCAGACAGCUAGAUGUGUGCCUCGUACAUUAUGCUGAGUGUUAAUAACAAUGAGAUUAUCAUAAUUUAUCAAUAAUUUACAAAUAUUACGGCUUGCUUCAA